AGAGAGAGAGAGAGAUGUCGUGGAUCUGUUACGGUGUAGACCAGAAACACCGUCACUUUAGACUUUAAUUGUAGCGUCUUUAUUGUUUUUUAACUGUAUUGUAGACACCGUUUUGCUAGAAUUAAAACUUUUUAGACAUAUUUCUGCCGCCUUGAUAACGCUGCUAAAGUUGGCCUGCUUUGUUUCUCAUCUCCAUUACUCGACAAUCUGGACCCCAGUGCACAGUAAGCUGGAUCAAUGUUACUCUACACAUGGAGACUUGACAGGAUGAUGAUGUUUUACUAGAAUUAUCUGGGCAGGAGACGAGCUGAUCGGUGUGAUGAAGGACCGACUGGCCGAACUGACUGUUGGUACGUCACGAGCAGAGGUGGAUGUCACAGUCGCAGUGGACAGAGAUGGCUUCAUGGAGAGCUUUUUCAGGAGGGUGGAAGAAGUCAGAGGACUCAUUGAUAAGGUCUCCUACCAAGUGGAGGAGGUGAGGAAGAUGCACAGCAUGAUCCUGUCUGCACCCAACCCAGAUGACAGAACAAAGGACCAACUGGAUGCACUGACCAACGAUAUCAAAGGCAAUGCCAACGUGGUGCGAACUAAACUAAAAUCCAUGGAGCACAGUAUGCCCAAAGACGACGCAGCUAACAGAUCUUCGGUUGACUUCAGGAUCCAGAAAACGCAGCACACAGUGCUGUCCAGGAAGUUUGUGGAGGUCAUGACCCAGUACAAUGAGACUCAAGUGUCCUUUCGGGAAAGAAGCAAAGGGAGGAUCCAGAGACAGCUGGAGAUAACUGGAAAAGUGACCACCGAUGAAGAACUAGAGGGCAUGUUAGAAAGUGGAAAUCCAUCGAUCUUCACAUCUGAUAUCAUUUCUGAUUCCCAGAUCACACGUCAAGCCCUGAGCGAGAUAGAGUCCCGACAUCAGGACAUUAUGCGUCUGGAGUCGAGCAUCAGAGAGCUCCAUGCGAUGUUCAUGGACAUGGCGAUGUUGGUAGAAACUCAGGGCGAUAUGGUUAACAACAUCGAGAAGAACGUUUCCAAUGCAGUCGAAUACAUUUGCAGUGCAAAGGAAGAGACUAAAAAAGCAGUGAGAUACCAGAAAAAAUCCCGGAGGAAACUCCUCGGCCUUAUCAUGUGUGUGGUCGCAGGUUUACUCCUUUUGCUCAUCAUAAUAGUUGGAGUCUUUGAGUCAUGAGUCACACCCUCACAGCAGUCAGCUGUAUGCAGGUCCAGUACAGUGAUGAAACAAAGAACAGCUUCAUAGUAAGACAACAAUAAGUCAUUCACUAUCGAAGAGCAUUACAGAGGGGAUCGCGCUGAAGUAAGUAUAACGUGUGUGUGAUCCACUUUGCACCAGUACCAUCAGACCUCAUGAUAUACCGUCCUGGGGCAAUUCUGUACUGUGUUGCUCGAACAAAGCCUCCUGUCAGCACACAUCCUUUUCCCUAAGCGGUCAUAUAAUGAAUGCUGACAGCACAUCCGAUUUUAAAACUGGUGUGCGUUCUGUAUCGCUGACAUUUGUUCAUGUAAAAGGUAGGGUUGGUAAUCUUCUUUAAAUUUCUUUUUGAUAUUUCUGUUGAAAUUGUCAUUACAUCCUGACAACAAUCAAUGAAUCAAAUUCUCUGAUGAAAACAAGAAACAAGAAACCAGUAUGUAAUGGUUGGACGGGCUACCUACCUGCCCGUCUACCUGCUGCCUGAGCGUUUUCUGCCCGUGCACUCAUUGGUCUUCCACAAGCUGCCAGCUUGACCGCUGUGAGUACUAACAGUAGCAUGUUCAUUGUUUACACUCAUGAUAACUUUGAGGUAGUGGUUUUGGAGGAAGGGCGGUCAGUGAUGGCGACUUUCUUGCAAAUUUAGCAUCUUUUGAAACUAGUGCUGCUACCUACUUUCAUUGGAAAAGAGUUGCCAACACUGGGCGGGGCUUUUCGGUUCGAUAAUUAAAAAAAAUGUAGCCUACUUUUGCUAGUUUCUCAAGAUUACCAACUGUAGCUUUAAGUAUCAUUCGCAGAUAUUUCUUUGUCGUUUGUCGAAGGACAUUUUGGGAAAUAAGCUCAUUCGUCUUCUUGCCGAAAGUUAGAUAAGAAGAUUGAUUACCACUCAUGUCUGUACCAGCAGUAGCUGUGGUAGCUUAGCUUAGCAUAACGACUGGAAACAGACAAACAGCUAGCCUGGCUCUGCCAAAAGUAACAAAUAUGGCACGUUACGGGUUUACAGGGGUUUUAUGCCAAACUAUUUCUUGGCCAGGCGCAGUGACUUCCACUUCUCCUGGUACAUAGGCCUUGGAAAAUCCACAAUGUGUCGUUUUUACACUUCUGUUUGUGUACAGAUUAAACAAACAAGAUAUAAUGUGGUCGUCUGAGAGUUUUAGAGACGGUGGUAGGCUGAUUUUGUUAUCUUUUGGCAGAGCCAGGCUAGCUGUUUCUCUUUGUUCCCAGUCUUUGUGCUAAGCCAAGUGGCUGCAGCAUCAUAUUUGGCGUGCAGACAUGAGAGUGGUAUCCAUAUUCUCACCUUACUCUUGACAAGAAACCAAAUAAGCAUUGAAAUAUAGAUAUUAAAUUCUCUUUGUAAAUGAAUUGCAUAAUUUGUGUUUACAUGUUCAUGUGUAUGAUCCUUAUGUUCUCUUGUCCUUUUAUGCAUUUCCUGUAAUUCAUGUGAAUUGAAUGUAAAACUACUACAGCUCAGGAGUCCUUUAGAAAUAGAACAUUUUUAAAAUAUAUUCUCUGUAUCAUUUCAAGUUAACUGUGUCUCAAUCAGACGAAAUAUCUUCAGAUCAAUCGAAUUUAAUUCAUCAUCUCAUUCAAUAACUCAAAAUCAACAAUCUUAUAAAAGUUCCUUGACAUUUAAUAUGAAACCUUAACUUAUUGAAUAUAUUAUAUUUAUCCCGAUCAAGGUGUGUGAUGACUGAAAUGUUUAUUGUGAAAAGAGUUGCGCUACAUUGUAGGACUCUUGGAUUAUGUUGUUUCAAGAGCACACAUUUUUAAUUUUGAUACAUUUGAUUCUUGUAAGUUAUAUAUUGUAUUUUAUAUUGAAACAGAAUACUUAAGUCAUGUAAUUAAAAGAUAAAGAGUAAAAAG